AGCUCACCGUCACCCCCACUUUCCUGUUCCUCAUUCGAGGUUUUAAAUUCACCAACCCUGUAAAACCCUAGAAGAGAAGGGGUUUUUUUUCGUCCGAAUUCUUGAAGAUACUCACAUUUUCUCUCCAUUCACCUCUCAAAAUGUUCAAAAAGUUCUCAUCUGAAGAUGUAUCCUCACAAAAUCAAGUUAAGGCAUCGGUGCAACGCAAAAUUCGGCAAAGCAUUGCAGAUGAGUACCCAGGACUCGAACCAGUGUUGGAUGAUUUGCUUCCAAAGAAGUCCCCUCUCAUUGUUGCUAAAUGUCAAAACCAUCUGAAUCUGGUGUUGGUCAACAAUGUGCCACUGUUUUUCAAUGUUCGGGAUGGACCUUACAUGCCUACGUUACGACUUCUUCACCAAUAUCCCAAUAUAAUGAAAAAACUGCAAGUAGACAGGGGUGCAAUUAAGUUUGUCCUUGCUGGAGCAAAUAUAAUGUGUCCUGGCCUCACAUCUCCUGGUGGUGUUUUGGACGAUAAUGUGGCUGAAGAAAGCCCAGUGGCCAUAAUGGCUGAAGGAAAGCAACAUGCUCUUGCUAUUGGGUUCACAAAAAUGUCAGCAAAAGACAUUAGAGCAAUCAACAAAGGAAUUGGCGUGGAUAACAUGCAUUACCUCAAUGACGGGCUGUGGAAGAUCUGGGCUCAAACCUUGAUUUCUGGAAAUGGAUGGAGUGCCUGGAUUGAAGCUGCUGUGGCUGGAGGGACUGCAUUCAUCGAUGAUCUGCAGUUUUCACCAUGGGUUGCUUUGAAUGGGCCUAUGCAAAUUCCAAGUCCACAGAGACACAGCACAGACCUCCGUAGUGAAUUCACCUAUCAAAAGCCUCUAAAAAACCCUAGUUUCAUUUGCCUCGAAGGUCGAAGAAACCCUAACUCUCAUCUCUCUAGCGGCCUCCAACUUCAACUUCUCACAAUGGGGAUCGAUCUUGUCGCCGGAGGCAAGAGCAAGAAGACCAAGCGGACCGCCCCCAAAUCCGAUGAUAUUUACCUCAAGCUUCUCGUGAAGCUGUACCGCUUCCUUGUGCGGAGAACUGGAAGCAAGUUCAAUGCGGUGAUACUGAAGAGGCUGUUUAUGAGCAAGGUCAACAAACCUCCACUUUCUCUCUCCAGGUUGGUCCGUUACAUGGGGGGAAAGGAGGGAAAGAUUGCUGUGGUUGUGGGGACUGUUACAGAUGAUAUUAGGGUUUAUGAAGUUCCUGCAUUGAAGGUUACAGCAUUGAGGUUCACAGAGACUGCAAGAGCAAGGAUUGAGAAGGCAGGUGGAGAGUGCCUGACUUUUGAUCAGCUUGCACUCAGGGCUCCACUCGGACAGAACACGGUUCUUCUCCGAGGUCCUAAGAAUUCUCGCGAAGCAGUGAAACACUUUGGGAAAGCUCCUGGUGUGCCACACAGCCAUACCAAACCUUAUGUGCGGUCAAAGGGACGGAAGUUUGAGAGAGCUAGGGGAAGGAGGAACAGCAGGGGAUUUAGGGUUUGAGUUAAUUAUAAUACUUAGUUGUGAGGUUGUUUGUCAUUUCUAACUAUGGCAAUUCAAAUUUUGCUAGACUUCUAGGAAUCUAUUGAAGUCAUUUGUGGUAUUUUUAUGUUCUCAUGGGUUUACAUUUUUGAUUUGGACAACCGAACGCCUGCUUAAGACUUGAAUAUCAUUUCCCUACUUUGCAACUGA